AUGUUCCUAUGGGCGUUGUUGCUCAUUAUUGCAGCGUAUGAGGGUUGUCUCAAAUUUGCAGCAAAAAGUUGCAACAGUGUAGCGAGCGAGUGUGAACAUGACCACAUGGCGUAUGAAACUGGCAGAUUGUACAAGAAGCAGUGGAGAUGUUUGGCAGAUCGUGUCUCAGAGUAUGGUGGUAAGGAUGUUUUGAGGAUGAUUGGACUCGAAAGCGUUUCAGAAGUGUGGUAUGAAGAAUAUCUAAGUGCCGUUUUUGAAACAGGUGAGCAGAAGGACCAGAUACGAGUCACUGCUGCUACCAAAUUGAACUAUCUUGUUGACAAGAGGAGCAAUUUUGAUCUAGAACCUGAAUGA